GGGGGGGCUUGGUUACGUUAAGCUCGAGAGGGAGAAGAAAGCGACAACAUGGCGGGAGCGGAGUUCUCAAAUGCUACCCAUGAAUUGCUCAACGCCACUCUUCAUACCACCCUGGCCCUCACUACUAAACUGGUACUGCCGACACCUGCCAAGCCAAUCCUUCCGGUUGAAACUGGGGCACAGGCACAACAGGAGGAGCAGUCAAGUGGCAUGACAAUAUUCUUUAGCCUUCUUGUAUUAGCUAUCUGCAUCAUAUUGGUGCAUUUGUUGAUAAAAUACAGGCUGCAUUUCUUGCCAGAGAGUGUUGCCGUUGUUUCUUUAGGUAUCCUUAUGGGAGCAGUUAUAAAAAUUAUAGAAUUUCAGAAGCUGGCCAACUGGAAGGAAGAAGAAAUGUUUCGUCCUAAUAUGUUUUUUCUUCUUUUGCUUCCCCCAAUUAUAUUUGAAUCUGGGUAUUCAUUACACAAGGGGAAUUUCUUCCAAAACAUAGGCUCCAUCACCCUGUUUUCUGUGAUUGGGACAGCAAUUUCGGCUUUCAUUGUUGGAGGAGGCAUCUACUUUCUGGGUCAGGCUGAAGUAAUUUGUAAGCUCAACAUGACUGAUAGCUUUGCCUUUGGCUCCCUGAUAUCUGCUGUUGACCCAGUAGCCACAAUUGCAAUCUUUAAUGCCCUUAAUGUAGAUCCUGUACUUAACAUGCUUGUCUUUGGGGAAAGUAUUCUCAACGAUGCAGUCUCAAUUGUCCUAACAAACACUGCAGAAGGUUUGACAAGGGAACAUACGUCAGAUGUAAAUGGAUGGCAAACCUUUCUACAGGCGCUGGGUUAUUUUCUGAAGAUGUUUUUUGGUUCUGCAGCACUGGGGACUCUAACCGGCCUUAUUUCUGCAUUGGUGUUAAAGCACAUUGAUUUGCGGAAAACUCCUUCCCUGGAGUUUGGAAUGAUGAUCAUCUUUGCUUAUCUUCCGUAUGGACUUUCAGAAGGCAUUUCUCUCUCAGGUAUCAUGGCCAUCUUGUUCUCGGGCAUCGUCAUGUCUCACUACACCCACCACAACCUUUCUCCAGUUACACAGAUCCUAAUGCAGCAGACUUUGAGAACUGUUGCCUUCAUGUGUGAAACGUGCGUUUUUGCUUUUCUGGGCCUGUCGAUUUUUAGCUUUCCUCACAAGUUUGAAAUGUCCUUUGUCAUCUGGUGCAUAGUACUUGUGCUCUUUGGCAGAGCUGUCAAUAUUUUUCCACUCUCCUACCUGCUCAAUUUCUUCCGCGAUCACAAGAUCACCCCCAAAAUGAUGUUCAUCAUGUGGUUUAGUGGCUUACGCGGGGCAAUUCCCUAUGCCCUGAGUCUCCAUUUGGGCUUGGAACCAAUAGAAAAAAGGCAGCUGAUUGGGACAACCACCAUCAUCAUUGUGUUGUUCACCAUUUUACUGCUGGGCGGUGGAACCAUGCCCUUAAUCAGACUGAUCGAUAUCGAAGACUCGAAAGCCCGUCGGAGGAACAAGAAGGAUAUUAACCUCAGCAAGACAGAAAAAAUGGGAAACACCAUUGAAUCAGAACACCUAUCAGAACUCACAGAGGAAGAGUAUGAAGCCCACUACAUAAAGCGCCAGGACCUCAAAGGCUUCAUGUGGCUUGAUGCCAAAUACUUGAAUCCUUUCUUUACCAGACGUCUCACACAAGAGGACUUGCACCACGGACGGAUACAGAUGAAAAGCCUCACCAACAAAUGGUAUGAAGAGGUGCGGCAGGGACCCUCUGGAUCAGAAGACGAUGAGCAAGAAUUACUGUAGCAGGACAGAGUAGCUCAUUCUUAUUACCCCAAAAACAUUAAAUCUGAAGUAAUGGAAAGAGACUCUCAUCAUAAAAGACAGGAAACCUACAAAAGAUGAGUCUUUCAUGUCAUGCUUGUUCGUCGCAGCACAUACAUAGUACACUUUUUGCCACUUCACUGUCUGGAACAUCAAAAGUUGCAAUAGGUAUUGACGUGAAGGACCAUUUCUGAAUGCUGCAUUUCCAAGUCUCAGAUGGAAGUUGCAUUGCGUCCUUUAACCAGUAUCCGACUGCACUGGGAUCUUUAAAAAGCGGGUUACACCCAUGGCAAUUGGUGUUAUAAAAUGUAUGUUAAAAAGAUUCUGUAGGACAGUUUCAGUGCACUUUAACUUAUCCUUUUUAAAAAUCUACUGUGCCAGGAGGGUGGAAAGUAAUGCUGAGUAAUACUGUGAAUUAAUAUUAUAAUCAUAAACAAGUAAAUUAUUAUAUUGUCGAAGGCUUUCACGGCCGGAGAAUGAUGGUUGUUGUGGAUUUUCCGGGCUGUAUAGCCAUGGUCUUGGCAUUGU